AUGACAGUUGGAUUCGAAGAAGGCUGUGUUGAAAAGAUGAGUCUUUGGACCUUCUUUAAAGACGAGGGGGAGUGGAUGAAAAAUUUGACACUUUGUGACAAGUGGGGAGGGCGAACUUUGGUAGGCCGAUCAAUAAUGGAUGGUGUUGGAAGCUGCGAAUUUUUGGGUGUCACCGAUCCGAGUAGUUUUAUUGACAAUAAAAACGUGACUCCAAAUGGUUAUGUUGGAAAGUAUAAAAUGGCUGAUAAGAUGGAUUUCAAAUGUUUUUUAAAUGGGAACUCAAGUUUUCAUAAGAAGGAAGACAACCAACCUUCCAACAAUUGUGCACUUCACGAUGCCUUGGACAAUGUCAACAAUUCUUUGAUUUCCGUCAAUCGGACGCUGCUCAGAAUUUCAGAAGGGUUGGAAGAAGUCCUGAGCAAGUAUUCGAAAGAGAUUUUGAGUGAAAAGAGGAGCUCAUUGACGGACAAGCACGUGAGCAGCAGAAAGCCGAAACGUCAACCAUCGGAAAGGACCGCGAAUAACUUGCUGGAAGACCAUGUGACGAAGAAAGGCAUAGAGAAGAUGUGCUUGAAACUGAGAAUGGACGAGAACGCUCUCUCAAAAAAUAUGACAGCAGAGGAAAUGAAGAAUUUGUUGGACAUCAGGAGGAUGGAGUACAAGAUGAAGUUGAUGGAGGCCUGUUUCCACACGUACGAACACCUCCUCAAUCAAAAUGUUUUGAAAUAUUGUACAAACACAACCGCAAAAUGA